AUGGCAAGCGGAACUCCUGGCCAUACCCAGCCGGGAAUUUCGCAUGGUUCUCAGAAAAAGAGAGAUCGCGACCUCUAUGCCGACAGCGACGACGAUGAGGAUUUUAUCAGUGCCAAGCGACAGCGAAGUCUGAUUGUCUCUUCCGGCUCGAAGCAUGUCAGAAUUCGCUAUGGCGUUGACGAAAUCAAGGGUGCUCUUCGUGGAGAGCUAUUGUCUACCCCGGCCAUGCAGCCGCUUGUCCAGGAGCUCAUCGGAGAGAUGCUUGAGAUCACCCAGACAGAGAGACGUGUCUUGUGCGAAAACACUUUCUAUGCGCGUACCAAGGCUGCUAUGAAGAACCAGCAGGCCGAUGAGCUUAUUGAUCUUAAGCGCUAUCUUCUCGCAGAGACCUUCAUUCGCAUCGACAGCUGGUCUUUUAGCGCCCUGCGUGAGUGGUUCGACUUAGUCCACAGACUUGGCCUUGAGAGAGAGUUUCGAGACGUGUAUUGGGAGGACAACCAGCGUGCCUACAGUGUUCAGAUCGCCAAGCUUGCCAGCCAUGUGAGCCCUCCCAAGAUCCCUCGCAACAGGGACAACCACGUGCGCCUGUCUGCUGAAUACGGAAGCAACGCCAAGGACAUUGUCUCCCGCUCCGUCUUCGUCAAGGGCCGGGGCCAUCCCAUCAUUCGGAGCGCUGUUGCUAUCAUGGUUUUGGCGGGACAAGAGAACCCUGAGAACAAGGACAAUCGCCUAGAGAACAUUGCCAGAAUCUCUCAGAUUUGGGCCGCAUGGUGCAUUGCGAAGCACGGCGAAGAUGAGACCGAGCGGCAGUUCCUUGCCGCACUCAUUCACGACCGCUAUCGAGAGAACGACUUCAUCAAAACUUGCUUUUUUUAUGUCCGAGAGGAACUGGAGAAGUUGGCAAUCAAAGUCGACAAGGACGAGUUCAAGAGGUGGCAGAGAAUGCACUGGAGAUGCCAUCUCAUCUCCAUGUCCGAGUACCGAAGCCGACCAGUGGCUCUCAGGAUCAACGAGGUGCCCAGCAAGGAUGCACGCAAGGCGUCGGUCUCUCGUGACGAUGAGAGCAGCCUCAAUGCUGCCAUUGGAUCCAUCAAGCUGAAGGCGACCACGAAGAAGGCUGCUACGGCCAUCGCCAAGAACCUCCAAGCCCAGGAGUCGCCCGUCGAGACUGACAAGAAACCCGUCGUUCGAAAGAAGCUGAAGGUGGUUUCCAAGAUUCAACCUGAGGAGACCUCCCAGUCCAAUUCCCAGGCCCCGGUAGCUUCGAUCGCUCCGCAGGUUCAACUCCCGCCGCAAUUUCUCCCUCAGUCCUCAUCUACGACCGCCUCCCCAUCGCCGCUGCCUUCGCCAGGCCCCUUCUUGGGCCUUACCCACACCCAAAUUAACGGAAUGCUUGGUUUCCUCAUGAAGGUGUUCAAUGCUUCUGAGAGCAAUGAGGGGGUGAAUGAGAAGCAGUGCGCGGUGGACCACCAAGCCGUUCCGACGAAGCUAGACGAAGACGUCCUUGAGAGAAUCAGCGCCUUGGAGGAUAGACUCAACGCGUUUUCAGAGUUCUCUGAGAACAUCAUCGAUGCCGUUCAGACGCUUGGUGACCGCCAUGCUCACUUGGAUGAUACCCAGAAGUCGAUGGACAAGAAACAGAAUGGCAUGCAGGAGUCUACGGACAACGAGUUUCGCUCCAUUACUAAGAAGCAGACGGCCCUGGCUCAGAGACAGUCGUCGAUGGACGGUGAGCUUGAAGCCUUGACUCGCAGGCAGGUUGGAACCCACGAUGAACUUGAAACCGUCGCGGAUAGACUAGCUUCCCUGGAGUCAAUCACAAAGCAGAGACUCACGGAGCAGGAUAGAAGCCUGAAGCAGCGAAUCUUUGAACAAGAACGAACCAUCAACCAGCUUCAGCAAGAUGUCGAUCUUUUGAUAGAAAAGCAGAACCCAAACCCCCGCAAGCGCCCUUUCGACUCUCCUCGCAACGAGUCUCCUCACGCUCCUAAGGGUCCGUCAGCUAUGAUGAGACAGGGCCCGGGAUACCACGAGAAGACUUCCAAGAGAUUCGACCGACGCUGA